CAUAUGUCGGAGGCUUUACUGUCUUUGUAAGCGACUCAUAACACUGGCAACAUAUUUCCCAACCAUUUUACAUUACAUAGAUUUUACACACACACAAUAUAUUCCCGCCAUGCUCCACCAUCUCCCGACUCCCAGCCAGUCUGCGGAUAUUCCCGGUGUGCGUUCCGGCUUCAACUUCGUCAACUGCCGGCGAAAUGCGGAACUGCUGGCCCAGGGAUACCAACCGCCGAAGGCUGUGCGCACUGGCACAUCCAUCGUGGGCCUUAUCUACCGCGAUGGCGUUAUCCUGGGCGCUGAUACCCGCGCCACCGAAGGACCCAUUGUCUCCGAUAAGAACUGCUCCAAGAUCCACUACCUGCAGAACCACAUUUACUGUUGUGGCGCUGGAACCGCCGCCGACACUGAGAUGAUGACCGUGAUGACCUCCGCGGAGCUGGACAUGCACAGCCUGAACACUGGACGCUCGGUGGUGCCGGUGGUCUGUGCCAGCAUGCUUCUUCGCCGCACCUUGUUCCGUUACCAGGGCCACAUCGGUGCCGCCUUGUUGCUGGGCGGCGUGGAUAGAUCGGGGCCGCAGAUCUACUGCAUUUAUCCGUGCGGUUCAAAUGACAAAAUACCAUACGUUGCCAUGGGUUCUGGCACUCUGGCGGCCAUGUCCGUGCUGGAGCAUGGCUGGCAUCCGGAUCUAGAUUUUGAGGAGGGCAAGCAGCUGGUGCGCGAGGCCAUCUCGGCCGGUGUCUUCAACGAUUUGGGCUCCGGAUCGAACAUCGAUCUGUGCGUGAUCACCGCCAAGGGGGCCAACUACCUGCGCACAGACACGGUGGCCAGCGAAAGGGGCGGACGUUUGGGCAAGUAUGCCAUCAAGCCCAACUCCACUUUGUUCACCUCGAUGUCGGUGAACAGUCUCUUGGUCACUGAGGAGAAGAUCUACUCACCGUCCCAAAUGAUGGAUGACCAGCAGUCUGGACCCAGUGGCCUCCAGGGAUCCAGAGAGGAGGAGGAAGGUGAGCCGCAGCCAGGAGGAUCCCAGAAUCGGCCAUAGGGUAGUCCUCAAAAUGUUCAUUGUCUUUAUGAAAAUUACCUGUUAACCAGCUUGUUUAUGCCAUAAAUGUUUUCAACGAAGGUA